UUGCAUUAUGGUGUAUGAUUGGAAGUCAGUUAACACUUCAUUUUUAAGGCGUGUUUGUGUUCCACUUUUCCGCAGAAAAACAUUGUUCACAGAGAUUUAAAACUCGGGAAUAUGGUCCUUAAUCGAAGAACGAGGGAAGUUAUUCUCACAAACUUUGUUCUGAGUAAGCAUCUGGUGAGAGACGGAGAUGAACUGGUGGAUCAGAGAGGAAGUCUCGCAUAUGUUAGUCCUGACGUCCUCAGUGGUCAGCCAUACUGUGGUAAAGCCAGUGACAUGUGGGCCAUGGGAGUCCUCCUCUAUACGAUGAUCUAUGGCCAGUUCCCCUUCUAUGACAGCGACCCUCAUGAGCUAUUCAGGAAAAUCAAGACCGCCAAGUACACCAUUCCUCGGGACGACCGUGUGUCUAUGGCAACAGUGGUGUUGAUCAAGGAGAUGAUGGAGGUCGACCCAAAGAAGAGAAUAUCGGCUCACAGAGCGUUGGAGGCCUGCAAUGGACUCGUCAGUAGAGUGUAAGUCAUUGAAGCAUGUUGUGAACCACCAUUUGUUAGCAAACAACACACAGACCAAUAUUACGAAAAGUGAGACAUGAAAAUCUCAAAUGUAUGGGCAUAAUGCAGGACAACCUGUGUCAUCCCUAUAUACUAAGUACUACCGUACUUAGUGAUACUAGUUAUGGGUCCUGAGUCUAAAUGAGGAGAAGAGGAAUAAAGUCCACAGUACAAUGCUAUAAUAUGAGUGUAGCAUCCGCACUAACCGACAUCCGACUAUGUAGUCUUUUGACUAACUUAUUACAUGGUCUCAAUGGUGAAAAGUACAUUGAUAACAAUCAGACUUUGUAGGAGUCGACAAAGAGAUUAAAUGAAUCAAAGCGUAGGGUUGGUAGCACCAUAUGAGUAUACCCUAUCGACGAGGUGAGGAUGGUGAUUUGGAUAACUGUCCCUUUCUCCCCAAACAUACACAGGAGUACCAGUAGUUCUGAUGCUGACUCAGCAGCAGCUCAGAUUGUCCCUGACAUGGAGGACAAACGAAAUUCUUCCGACAUUCCCACGGCAAUGAAAACCGAAGGGGUCCCCUCUGGUUCCGCCCACUUCCUGUCGACGAUGCUGCUGAGUCCCAUACACCCAGACGCCCAUUCCACGCAUGUCCCCAACCCAGUCCGCCCAAGUGCAGCGUCCGUAGUGUUCCCUGGGUCCCAAAUCCACGUGCCCACGAGUCCAACUGGUUCUGUCCCAUUCCAAGGGUCCACAGUCCAAAUCACCACCAGCCCUGUGCAUGGCGGGCCAAUUUCGUUCCACGCUGCAGCAUCAGGCCGACGGCAGCUACUGCUAAACUCCGACCUCUCUUCUGCCUACCUACUCACUCCGCUCACUCCCUCCGGAGGGAACUAUUUCGCAGCUCCUUCACCUCCGUCUAACUCCUUCCUCAAUACAAGCCCCACCCACAGCCUCGGUUCCACCAGCCCACCUGUCCCUAUACCCACUAGCCCUCCUUCUGUUUCACACUCUCUUCCACUGAUUCAGAACCACGCAAAUGGCUGUCACCGUCCCGUGGGUCCGAGCCAGUCCGUCGAUUCCUAUUUCACCUCUCACAACCACCAAAGUCUUGGGGUCCCUUCCUCCUCCCUCUCUUCCUCUUCAACUCCACACCACGUCCGUCCGACAUCUCUUCUCUCUUCCUCCCAACAACAGCCACACUCGCGAAGCAUCGUCUUGCCAUCUGUAUCCGAGAGCGGCCGAACCCCAGAAAACAUGACCGUCGGUUCAAACGGCUACAUUGUGACUAGCCCAGUCGACAGCAUCAUGACUAUUAGGUCAACUCACCCACAAGUCGAAGGAGAAAGCAACAGACAUAGUUUUUCUGGUAGCGAGACAGUUUUGAUCGGAGGUAACCCAGCGGGGUCGUCUCGCCCGCACGUGCGCAGAAGACGGCGAAAUUCAAGUGGCGACUUAAACAGCACACGAGUCCAUCGCUCAUCGCAGGGUUGCAGCGUCCAGUCACCCAGUGCCGCAAUGGAAGGGGCAUCUUUAGCCACGGCAAUUGCUGCCUUUAAUCCUGGCAGAACGCGGAGGAGAUCACAAGAGAACAUGGAGAGGAGGCGGAGAAGUGCAAGCAGAGAACCCUACACUAUUAACCCACAGUAAAAUGUAGAGCUAGUCACAUGAUCUCACAUGACUUUCACAUGAUGUCGCCUGACCUUCACCACCUGACUAUGACUCUACAGUACUGUGUGUGUAAACAUGUCACAUGACGUCAACUGUGUUACAUGACUUUACAUGGCUGUAUGUUUAUUCAGUGAUUGUCACCUGACUGUGACCUGACAUGACUCACAUGACCCUUACAUGACUGCCAUGCUGAUUUUUUGUGCAGAGUCAGUCAUUUUUCAGUUUUGGGGAGUGGUUUGUUUUGCUUUUUGCAAGGAUAUUAAUGGUACAUGUUGUACAUGUGUUCGUAACAUAAAAUUU